AUGGCGGGCGCGCUGGCCGCAUGCCACAGGGUGGCGGCGGCGGUCGGCGAGGAGCCGCAGGUGCGAGACGACGGCCGCUUCGCUGCGUUCAACCUGAGACCCGAGUCCGCCGAGGACGAGGCUUUCUUUAUCGCGGAGUGGGCCCUGGGCGGCGGCUUCUGGUACCCGCCGGCGCGCGACGCCGCGGACCAGGUCGAAUCGGGCGGGAAGCAGCAGCUGCGGUACGACCUUGACACUCUGACCAACGCGGUGUUUGGCGUCGCAGGCGCCCAGGCCGGCAGCGGCGGUGGCGGCGAGGCCGGUGGCGGCGGCGAGGCCGAUGGCGGCGGCGGCGGCGCAGAUGGCCGCGUGGCGCUCUCAUGGGAGGGUCUGGAGCGGCUGUCCUUCGCGCCGUUCGCGGCGCAGGCCCUCUGGGAGCUCGCCAGGUCCUUGCGCGCCGCGCUGGCCGCGCCGCCGCCCGCACCCCCGCCGCGGGCGCCGGCGCGGCUGGCGGCGAGCCGGCUGGUUGCAAUGGAGACGACAGACCUGGGAAAACGCAUGGACGCAGCCGUGGAGGAGGUGCACCUGCUGCGGCGCGAGCUGGAGCUGGUGUGGGACCUAUGGCUGGGGGCCAGGGCGGCCGGGUUCCCAGGCCUCGAGCAGCGGGCGCCGCCCACGGCGCCCACGCAGGCCUCGGACACGCCGGCCGACCCGAACUCCGAGGGGGACCAGGGGCUCGUCUCCAUCAGCUUGACGGGCGCAGUCGAUGCCCUGCUGCGUGAAAUGGGCGCCCAGGUCGAACUCUCGUCGUCCGCGAUGAUGUCCAGCGGCACGCAGCCUGGGGGGGCCGCCGCAGGGGCGGGCAACCUGGUGUGGUUGAGCGUCCACAACGUCGUCAUGGGCAGGGGCAGGACCAGCUCGUCGCUUACUGGUGGUGAUGUCCGUGGAGGGGGUGAUGGGGAUGGUGAUGGUGGGGGUGGGGGUGUCGAGCCGGGGAUGGCGGACCUGGCUGCCAUUUUGGACAGGAUGCAGGGGCGAGAGGUUCGGCUGGACACUUAG